UCACAGCCGGAGAGCGUGACUGCUAUGGUUGCCUUUGCGAAAGCCGUUUCCAACUUGCCUGCUCUCUGAACGCCACUCGCCGACUCCUUACCUACUGUUUGCCCGGUGGGGCAACUCUUCAGCGCUCUUUUUGGAGAUUUAAGAAGUCGGCAGAAAACUUUCAGAAGAGACUACAACCGCGUAGAAAUACAGCGGCGCGACUGAACUUCCAGCAGCAGUCCGAGGCGAGCAGCGGCAGCAGCAACAGCAGCAGCAGGAGGAGGAGGAGUCAACAGGUCCCAGAGCCGAGGAGCUGCAAUCGAUUCGAGGACAGCGAGAUUGACGUUUUUGGGAAGAAGGGCCUGUCCGAGCAAUCGAUGCAGGCAGUCCACCAACCGGAAGCCCAGUUGGCCCAACAGCACACCACUCAAUCAGUCUGAACAGCAACACCCACGGCUGCUGGCAACCAACAGAGACAGAAGCUGUGCAACUGCAAACAGGGGGCCCAUUCAAGGAGAAGAGCUUUCUCUUGGCAUCAUGUGAUCUGCACAUUUCCUAGGAGUGCUCUGCAGUGGAAGAGUGGAAUGACGUCCCCGCGAAAGCAUCACAACCACUAGCACCCCUAUCACCACUAUCACGGCUCCUGACUGUUGCCAUCAAAGUGCACCUCUUCUUGACUCAACUUGCCUCCUGUCUCUUUCUCUGCCUUCAUCUUCAAGAUAAGGAAUGGCCGCGUUACUUCCCAACGCCUCUUGCAAAUAAGGUCGUUUCACAAUCCCAGAGAAAGAAAGGAUAAAACACUCUGCAUUCCUCCUUUAUACUUCAGCCCCAUUUUUCUUUUUUUAUCUUUUGUGUCUUUAGUAACUCAACCCUCAACACACAGACACACACAUUCACUAAACCAAUAGGAUUUUGUGGCCAUUUUUAAGGCAACCUUUUCAACUUUAAGGAGAUUCAUUUUUCUUUUUUUUCCCCUUUUUUUUUUUUCUUUUUUGCAAACUUUGCCUGUUGGAAUAUCUUCUUAUCCAGAAUCCUUAUGGGGGAUUAAAUCCUUACAGGAAUCCAUCCUGACUCCUGACUGUGGCUCUCACUUUAAAAAAAAGAGAAAUCUUCCUCAGUGAAGUCUUUUUGUGACUUGUAGGUGGACUGAGCCAUAAUGGCUGGGAAGGGCAACCCGGUGCCGGGCCACCUCAACGGCUUCCCCAUGCCCACCUACUCCUACUUCUUCCCCCACAUGCUGGGGAGCCUGUCGCCUCCAACCCUGCCAGGACUGCCUAUCAGUGGAUACAGCACCCCCUCGCCAGCCACAAUAGAGACCCAGAGUACCAGCUCAGAGGAGAUAGUGCCAAGCCCGCCCUCUCCUCCCCCGCCACCCCGCGUCUACAAGCCCUGCUUUGUGUGCCAGGACAAGUCCUCAGGGUACCACUAUGGUGUCAGCGCCUGUGAGGGCUGCAAGGGCUUCUUUCGGAGAAGCAUUCAGAAAAACAUGGUGUACACUUGUCACCGGGAGAAGAACUGCAUCAUCAACAAAGUCACCCGCAACCGCUGCCAGUACUGUCGGUUGCAGAAGUGCCUGGAAGUCGGAAUGUCUAAGGAGUCGGUGAGGAACGACCGGAAUAAGAAGAAAAAGGAUGAGAAGAAGCAGGAGUGCACAGAGAGCUACGUGCUGAGUCCUGACACGGAGCAGAUGAUCGACAGGGUUCGCAAGGCACACCAGGAUACUUUCCCCUCCCUCUGCCAGCUGGGCAAAUACACUACGACUAACAGCUCAGAACGACGUGUGUCCUUGGACGUAGACCUGUGGGACAAGUUCAGUGAGCUGUCCACCAAGUGCAUCAUUAAGACCGUGGAGUUUGCGAAACAGCUGCCCGGCUUCACGACGCUCACCAUCGCCGAUCAGAUCACUCUGCUCAAAGCUGCCUGUCUGGACAUCCUGAUACUGCGGAUCUGUACACGUUACACACCAGAGCAAGACACCAUGACUUUCUCAGAUGGACUUACGCUAAACCGAAACCAGAUGCACAACGCUGGCUUCGGUCCCCUCACUGAUCUGGUUUUUGCCUUCGCCAACCAGCUCCUUCCUCUGGAGAUGGAUGAUGCAGAGACAGGGCUGCUUAGUGCCAUCUGUUUGCUGUGUGGAGAUCGACAGGACUUGGAAGAGGCGGAUAAGGUGGACAUCCUGCAGGAGCCCCUUCUGGAGGCGCUGAAGAUUUAUGUAAGGAAGAGGAGGCCCCACAAACCGCACAUGUUCCCAAAGAUGCUGAUGAAGAUCACCGAUCUUAGAAGCAUCAGUGCUAAAGGAGCUGAGCGUGUUAUCACGCUGAAGAUGGAAAUCCCCGGCUCCAUGCCACCUCUCAUCCAGGAGAUGCUAGAGAACUCAGAAGGUCUGGAAAGCGGGGCCACAGGCGGACGGCCCAGUGGCGCCGCUCCAGGCAGCUGCAGCCCCAGUUUGUCCCCCAGCUCUGCCCAAAGCAGUCCAGCUACACAAUCGCCGUAAUCGCGGCCAGCAUUUAUGUUUUUUUUUUUUUUUUCUUUGUGUUGCGCUCUGUCUCCUCCCCUUAAUCUUCUGAAGAGGAGGGGUGAAGGAGGUGGGUCUUGACCCCUAACUGCUGAACACAGGAGACUGGCAGAGCCAACCUCCUCCUCUCCUAUAACAUAAAUCCCCAUCUCCUGAUCCGCUUUCCCUCUUUCUGGACAUCUGUCCAGAACGUGAGGGGAGGUGAGGCCGGAGCCGGCCGGGGUGACAGGAUGCCUCCAACAUACCACACCGUAAACACUGCUGAUGACUCUUCCUCCUUCUCCCUCCCCUCUCCACCUUUCUUUCGAAAAGACUAAUGGAGACAAGGUCUGGAUGAAACUGAGUGUGGGUGGAGCACAAUGGAACAAAUGUAAGGACAAGAACAAUGAACACAGACUGACUUGACAAACACCAGACACUUUUUCUUUUUCUUUUUUUUUUUUUUUUGUUGUUGCUGUUGUUGUGCUCUGAGGCAGACUGCAACUGAACUUUUGGGACUUGUCAAAAGAACCCACUCCUCAAAGACUCGGGGUCUUUUCCUCUUUUCCAGUUUCAAGAAAACAGAUUUCGUACAAAAGAUAUAUAAAUAUAUAUAGAAAAAUUAAGGAACUAUUGUGAUCGACAUGUCCAGAACAGGAUGGCAGGUUGAAAUGAGGACAUGUUUUCUGAGCUGAGAUUAGAAAUUGUUGUACUCCUUCACUGUUCGAAUCUUUUCAUACCCAUCGAGUAUUGAGAAAGAUGUUUCGGUUUCACAUUUGUACAUUCUAAUUGACAAAAAGUUUUUUUUUUUUUCUCUCCAGUCUACACAAGCAAACACACACAAAUGUGCACAGAAAACAAGUCGCGAUGAAUAUCACCUACUAUUCCAGGUUGGAUCUGUUUUCCUUUUUGUUUUUGUUUUCUUCCAAGAGAUUUGGGGAAAAAAAAUGAUUGUAUGAACUCAGUUGUAUGAUAUGGUCACAGCUCCUUUCAAGAAAUCAAAUUAAUGAAGAUUCAUUAUUAAGGUGUAUUUUAAGUAGCCUUUGAGUUUGUGUAUAUAAGCUGUAUUCAUUUCUUUAAAACUAUGAAGAGUUUUAGGCUUCACCUUUUUUUUUUUUUUUUUUUAAAGAAUACCGUUUAUGUGUUGUUUUUUUUUUUUGUUUUUUUUUGUUUAUAGGAUUGUGAUUCAAGAAAAGACGUUUUGAGCACAUUUUACUGAAGGAAGUUCUUUCAUGUUUUAUGCCCUGCUAAAAUAGCCGGGCAGACCCUUCACAAAUCACUGGCUCUUCAGAUUUUGGCUUUCACGAACAGUUUCGGCCUCUGCCCCCUUUCAUUUUUAAGACAUGUUUUUUAAGUACAGUAGAUGAGAAAGUAGCAGUCCUGUCGGGGCAUAGCUUUUUUUUUUUUUUUUUUUUUUUUUGGCCAUGUAGCAGAAAGAGAAGAAGGUUGUGAGUUGGAUACCAUUUGCAGCCCGACGGGCUCAAACGAGGGGCGGCAGCAGCUCAGCUUCAAAGAGAGUUGAAAUGUGAACAAUGGUGUACAUACACUCUGUAUUAAACACAAGUAAUUCUCAGCGCUCUCUCUCAAUGCAUCAAUUUGUAGUAGACGGGAGAAGACGAGAUUGUAGUGAUCCCUCUACUGUUGUCAGUGGUCAGGCGAGUCGAGGUCCAGAAUGUGAUGUUUGUCAGCUAAGUCCUCACAAGUCUCCCCUUGGCAACCUGUGGUAGAAACAGAUAUGUGACUUUUACCGACUCCAGAGCAACCUCGUGCCCUGUGACUCACUUUACACCAAAACGCCUUCACCAUUACUACACGCCAUCUAGACCAUCAUUACUGUACACGCACCAAUGUCUCAGGAAGGAAUCAUUUUGUGUGCUCGGCCUGUCAUUUGUAUAUCUUCUGUGCUGCAACCCCUCCGGUAACAGAUGCACACACACACACACACCUCUGCUACUGAGCCCCUUGAUUUUUAAAAAAAAUUAAAAUUUUUCUCUUUGCUCUCCUUUGUUUGGUCUGGCAAACCAGGACUUGUGCCGAGAGACACUGACCCUGACCGCUUCAUAUUACAACAUCCAUAAAAUGCCAGUGUGGACUCUCUCUGAG